AUGGACCAUGUACGUAGCACAAAGAUUUACUUAACUUAUUACGUUUGUAUCUGCAACAACUAUCAUUAGUUAUACGACACACAGACAUGGAUCUUCAUCGGGCGAAGAAGUGUUUUUCUGUGGAAGAAGUUUUACAAGAGUUAACUGAAAGCAGCGAUGAAAAGAAAAGCCGUGAGGAAGAAUUCAAUGAGGAUGAUGAUGAACUGAAUGAUGAAGGCAGCACAAGUGAUGAUGAAAGCACAAGUGAUGAUGAAAGCACAAGUGAUGAUGAAAGCACAAGUGAUGAUGAAACUACCAGUGAUGAAGAAAGCACCAGUGAUGAAGAGGAUGAUUUCGGUGAUAAAGAGGAUGGAUUCGGUUAUGAUGAGGAGGAGGAUUUCAGCGACGAUGAAUUCAGUUAUGAGGAGGAUGACGGAGACACUGACGAAGAAGAAGAAAUUGUAGCUCGUUUGGGUUCUCGUGCUGUGGAUCCAGAGGCCUGCAAACAACCUAAAAAGAGACCCCGUCUGUCAAACUCUUCAUUUUUUAACUACAGCAGUGAGAGAAACAAAAAAAGAAAGACGACAUCAUUAUUUGAUUGUUCCUUUGGCACCUCUGAACAUGAAGAUGUCUUUAAGCCAGCGAGGACGCCAGGACCACAGCUGACAUCCACAGCAUCAUACAGCCCACUGCAGUUAUUCCAGCUGUUUAUAUCUGACGCAAUGUUGGAGACGGUGGUUGUGAAUACAAACGCUUAUGGGGCCGAGCGUCAACUGGACGAGAAGCCCUUCAUAAACAUCUCUUUGAAUGACAUGUACUCGUAUGUCACAAUGCUUUUAUUUAUGGGAUUGUCAAAGUGUUUUUCACUGAGGGACUUCUGGAGGAAGACUAAAAUUCACCAUCCUGAUUUUCCUUUCAAAGUCAUGACUUUGGAGAAAUAUUCGUACAUCGAGUCUAAUUUUCAUCUGAGUGACCCCAAGAAAGAUGCUGAGAAUGACACAAAGAGAGGAACAUCUGCCUAUGACAGCCUUUGCAAAAUCAAACCAAUGUAUCUGCAACUGAGAGAUGCAUGCAAGACCUACUUCCAUCCUCACCAGAACAUCACUGUUAAUGAGUGGCUGGUCGAGAAAGACAACGGCUGGAAUAAAUGCUUGAAAUACAAAGCAACUAAGGUUGGAUACAAACUGUUUGGGUUGUCGGAUUCGCUGUAUGGUUACACCUGGGAUUUUUUUAUAUGUAAGGGUACAAAACCUGGUGAAAGCUAUGAGUCUGUCAUGACCCUGAUGGGGGAAAAGUUGGGAGGAGGCUACAAACUCCACAUCGACAUCAUUCACAACAGCCAAGAAGUGAUCAGAGACCUCCAAGAAAACAACAUAAAGACCUGUGUGCCAGCUCCAUCCAACAUGAAUCAAAUCAUAGUUAACCAGUUUCACAGAACUACAGAUGCUUUAUUGAGCAAUUACACAGUCAUAAAGAAGACCACAAAGUGGUACCGGUCCUUAUUUUACCACUUUGUGAAUGUAGCUGUUGUGAACGCCUUCAGUAUUCACCGUCAGAUGGCCCAGAUGAAGAAUCAGAAGCCAAUGACACACAAGGGUUUCCGGGAGGCUCUUAUCAUGGAACUGGCUGACCUUGUGUCUGUGGAUAAAAACAUUUCUCCAUGUCCUCCUGUUCAUGAUUUGCACUUGAUGACGUACAUCACACCGGACGGCACAAAUGGUCAGUGCAAACUUUGUAAGCAAAAGACUCAGAUUAUGUGUCGAAAGUGUGAUGUGGCGUUGUGCUUCCAUCCGACACGUAACUGCUUCAGAGACUGGCACCUUCAAAAAAAGUGCGUGUAAUGUUAUAUUUAUAUUCUUGUUUUGUUUUAUUUUAUUUCUAAGUACUUUGUAAACAGAUUUUUUUUUUCUGAAAAAGCUUUGACAAAAAGCUUUGUAAAUAUUGUAUGGGCAUUGUUUUAUUACAGUCUUUUUAUCAAUAUGUAAUUGUGUGUAACAUUUCAAAAUUUAAACAAAAGUGCAAUCUGUGGCCAUUUUAGGAACUUACUCUGAAAGUUUCUUGACACAAAUUUUUACUACUUUUGACUUUAAAUUUAGUUUAUUUGGUUUGUGGUUGCAUUUAUAUUUUUUAUUAAAACUAUGCAAAGAAAUUUAGUUUCACCAAACUUUAGCAUCUUUUUUUUUUACAUCUUGACAAAUAAGUCCAUAGUGUCUUCUUUAAGAAUAUCAGGAAUGUUCAUGAAUGGUGUUUUUAUUAUUUAUGCUUAUCAGGGGUGUUUUAAUAGUCACUGUGAUCAUAGACGUACCGGUAAAACAAGCAUAAAUGUGUUUAAAAGAUAAAUGACAGACAUUUCAUUCAUGUUCAAUUACCCA